AUGUCAUCGACACUCUUCAUUAUAGUCAUCGACUGGAUAAUGAGACAAACAACAGCUAAUACACCAAGAGGCAUAAGAUGGGGCACUUUUACCACUCUGGAAGACCUAGAUUUUGCUGAUGACUUAGCAUUAAUGUCUCACACAUACCAACAUAUUCAAGAUAGGACCUCAGAGUUAGAAAAAUAUUCAGGACAGAUGGAGCUAAAAAUCAACAUAAAGAAAACUGAAGUCAUGACACUUAAUGUAAACAACCCAGGGUCAGUAUUGCUGGAUGGAAAAACAUUACCACAUGUUGAUACCUUCACAUACCUUAGCAGCACUGUUACUACCAAUGGCGGCGCAGAAUGUGACAUCAAAAGACGACUAUCAAAGGCAAGGUCAGCUCUUUACAACCUGCAGGCUGUAUGGAGAUCUGGUCAAUAUACCAUCCGGACCAAACUCAAACUUUACAGCAGCUGUGUCUUGCCUGUACUUUUGUAUGGUUCAGAAUGUUGGAGGAUGACAGAACAAGACCAAAACAAGCUGUCAGUAUUCCAUACUAAAAGUCUAAGAAGGAUUCUGCGAAUCUUUUGGCCACAUAAAAUUUCAAACGAGGACCUAUACAUCAGAUGCCAACAACAAGAUAUAGCCACAACAAUAAUGAGAAGACUCUGGAUGUGGAUUGGGCAUGUCCUGCGGAAAGACCAAGAGGAUAUCACAAAGACAGCACUCCACUGGACCCCAGUAGGUAAAAGAAAGAGAGGAAGACCCAAAAUGACAUGGAGAAGAACUGUAGAGGCAGAGGCUAGUAAAUAUCAACAGACAUGGGGCACACUACAGAAAACUGCCAACGACAGACAAAAGUGGAAAAUCUUCGUUACUGCCCUACACGCCAAUGGCGUACAAGGGCAGUAA